AUGAACACGCAGAGUUCGAGAACUUCGAGGUCUCCUUCCAGUACUCCCCCAUCGGCUUCGCGAUCUUCGUCUGGAUCGCGAUCUAGAUCCCGAUCCAACUCAAAAACUACAACCAACCCUCAGUUAACAUCUAAAACCAUGGCUCCCCUAGAUAUGCUCCUUGUUGAGGCCAGACAACGCAGAAGAGAAAAUAAUUUAAAUGGUGGCACGAAGCGAAAGCGAUCUCAAUCGCGAGGUUCCGGAGCAACAUCGAAAUCAGGCAGCCGAAAGCGACCUCGACGAGGCCGAGCCGGGAAAAAAGGUGGAAAGGGAAAAUCGCAGAAAGGGAAAAAGGGAGGAAAGAAAUAA